GACAGCCGAGCACCCAGCACCAUGAAACUCCUGCUGAUCUGCGCCCUCGUAGCCGCCGUGGCCGCCGACGUGAGCCACCUGCCCUCCAACCAGUACCUGCCGCCCAACCACGCCGCCUCGGCUCCAGUGGCCUCCUACUCGGCUCCUGCUGAGUCCAGCUACUCGGUGGCUGCUUCUGCCCCGGCUGUGUCUUAUGCUGCUCCUGCUCAGAGCUACUCUGCUCCCGCUGCCACCUACACUGCUGCCGCUUCUGCCCCAGCUGUUUCCUACGCCGCUCCCGCUCAGAGCUACUCGGCUCCUGCCCAGACCUACACCGCUGCCGCUUCUGCUCCUGCUGUGUCCUACGCUGCCCCCGCUCAGAGCUACUCUGCUCCUGCCCAGACCUACACUGCUGCCGCUUCUGCCCCAGCUGUUUCCUACGCCGCCCCCGCUCAGAGCUACUCGGCUCCUGCUGCUACCUACACUGCUGCUGCCUCUGCUCCUGCUGUGUCCUACGCUGCCCCCGCUCAGAGCUACUCUGCUCCCGCCCAGACCUACACCGCUGCCGCUUCUGCCCCAGCUGUGUCCUACUCCGCCCCCGCUGAGAGCUACGAGACUGCUGCCUCCGAGCCCGCCCACACCUUCUCCUCCAGCGAUGGAUACCGCUACAAGACCCAGAAGCGCGUUGUGCUGCGUCGCCACCGUCGUGAUGUGAGCCACCUGUCCAGCGAGUACCUGCCCCCAGUCCAGGGAGCCGCCUCCGCCCCCAGCAGCGAGUACCUGCCCCCAGCAGCCUCUGCCCCAGCUCCAGUCUACUCUGCUCCCGCUCCGGCCGCCUCUGCCCCAGCUGUGUCCUAUGCCGCCCCAGCUGCCGCAUACAGCGCUCCUUCCACCUACACCGCUGCCGCUUCGGCCCCCGCUGCAUCCUACUCUGCUCCCGCCCAGAGCUUCUCCGCCCCCGCUGAGAGCUACGAGACCGCUGCUUCGGCCCCCGCCCACUCCUUCUCCUCCAGCGAUGGAUACCGCUACAAGACCCAGCGUCGCGUGGUCCUCCGUCGUCACCGUCGUGAUGUGAGCCACCUGCCCUCCAACGAGUACCUGCCCCCAGCAGCCUCUGCCCCGGCUCCAGUCUACUCUGCUCCUGCCCCGGCUCCAGUCUACUCUGCACCUGCCCCGACCUACACUGCUGCCGCCUCGGCCCCAGCUGUGUCCUACGCCGCACCUGCCCAGAGCUACUCCGCCCCCGCUGUCACCUACACCGCUGCCGCCUCGGCUCCCGCUGUGUCCUACGCCGCUCCCGCUCAGAGCUACUCCGCCCCUGCCCAGACCUACACCGCUGCCGCUUCUGCCCCAGCUGUGUCCUACUCCGCCCCCGCCGAGAGCUACUCUGCCCCCGCUGAGAGCUACGAGACCGCCGCCUCCGAGCCCGCCCACACCUUCUCUUCCAGCGAUGGAUACCGCUACAAGACCCAGCGUCGUCGCGUCAUCCGCCGCCACCGUUACUAGACGGCCCCGCCGUUGAGGCUGCAACCCCGACAAACCGAGCCAAAUCCUGUCUUUUGGCCAUCGGGUUUUUCGAUCAUUCCGACCGAAUUUGUUAGGGAACGAAAAUUGAGAAAGUCAUGAAUAAAAUUAUUGAAAAAUA